CCUUCUCACCAGGACUGGCCGCCGGCCACAUCACCAUGUUGGUCUUUGGAGACGAAUCUCGAAACUACUUUCUGGUGACUGGGCAGGCGGUGCACGACGUGCGCCUCGCACAGAACAUGGCGCAGAUGAAUGACGUCAUCCUGUCACCAAACUGCUGGCAGCUGUGCGACAGGAGCAUGAUUGAAAUUGAGAGGAUUCCAGAUCAGAGAGCGGUGAAGGUUAAUUUCUUAAAACCACCCUCUACAUUUAACUUUGAUGAAUUUUUCACAAAGUGUAUGACUUUCAUGGAUUAUUAUCCUUCUGGUAACCACAAAAACCUCCUGAGACUUGCAUGCAUGUUGGAGUCAGAUCCGGAACUGGAGUUGUCCCUACAAAAGUAUGUGAUGGAAAGCAUAUUGAAGCAGAUUGAUGACAAACAGCUUCGGGGUUAUUUGUCUGAGCUUCGCCCGGUGACGAUUAUGUUUGUAAACCUGAUGUUUAAGGACCAAGACAAAGCAGAAGUCAUAGGCUUAGCCAUCCAGGAUGCCUGUGUGCACAUUAACUCUGUCCUGAGGGUCUUCCGAGGCCAAAUCAACAAAGUCUUCAUGUUUGACAAGGGCUGCUCCUUCCUCUGUGUCUUUGGUUUCCCUGGGGAAAAGGCACCUGAUGAGGUCACACAUGCCUUGGAAAGUGCUGUGGAUAUAUUUGACUUCUGCUCUCAGGUCCACAAAAUCCACACUGUUUCCAUCGGCGUGGCCAGCGGGAUCGUCUUCUGUGGAAUCAUUGGACACUCUGUGAGGCAUGAGUACACAGUCAUUGGUCAGAAAGUCAACAUAGCUGCCAGGAUGAUGAUGUACUACCCGGGAAUCGUGACCUGUGACUCCGUCACCUACAGUGGCAGCAACCUACCAGCCUACUUUUUUAAAGAGCUUCCAAAAAAAGUCAUGAAAGGUGUUGCAGAUUCUGGACCAGUGUAUCAGUGUUUGGGCCUUAAUGAGAAAGUCAUGUUUGGGAUGGCAUACCUCAUCUGCAACAGAAAUGAGGGCUACCCUUUGCUGGGACGUGAUAAGGAGAUCAAAUACUUCAUGUGUUCUAUGAAGGAAUUUUUGAUGUCUAACUGCAGCCGGGUCCUGAUGUACGAAGGAUUAUCGGGCUAUGGAAAAAGCCAGAUACUUAUGGAAAUUGAGUACCUGGCCCAAGGUGAGAACCACAGGACUAUUGCUAUUGGGUUGACUAAGAUCAGCUUCCAUCAAAAUUUUAAUACCAUCCAGAUACUCAUGGCCAAUGUACUAGGUCUGGAUACUUGUAAACAUUAUAAAGAACGACAGACUAACCUUCAAAAUAAAGUCAAGGCACUGCUGGAUGAAAAGUUCCAUUGUCUUCUUAAUGACAUCUUCCAUGUGCAGCACCCAGUGGCUACACGUGCACACCCACACACAUGUAUAAAAACUCAAAUUCCUACAGCAUUCUUCUUUCUGUUUCUCCACCUGGCCCAGACAGUGAAAGAGGAAAGGAUUAUUUUUAUCAUUGACGAGGGCCAGUUUAUCGAUCCGGCCUCCUGGGCCUUCAUGGAGAAGCUUAUCCGGUCUGUUCCUGUCUUCAUCAUCAUGUCCCUGUCUCCCUUCAUCGAAAUACCCUGUGCGGCUGCCAGCGCCAUCAUGAAGAACAGGAACACCACCUAUGUCACCCUAGGGGCCAUGCAGCCCAAGGACAUCCGCAACAAGGUCUGCCUGGACCUCAACGUCAGGGGCAUCCCCAAAGAGCUGGACACGUACCUGGUGGAGGGGAGCUGUGGGAUUCCAUUUUACUGCGAAGAGUUGCUUAAAAAUCUCGACCAUCACAGGGUACUCGUUUUCCAAGCAGUGGAGUCUGAGGAGAAGAUAAAUGUGACCUGGAAUAACCUGUUCAGGAAUUUUGCCAUGCCAACAGAGGAAUUUAAAAUGUUUGCUUUUGGUUAUAAUAAGGGAAAUGAAGAAGUCUGUAACCUCACCAGUGAUGUCAGAUUGAAAAACUUGUCACCACCAGCGUCGUUGAAAGAAAUCUCUCUGGUCCAGCUGGAUAGCAUGAGCCUGUCCCACCAGAUGUUGGUGAGAUGUGCUGCCAUCACUGGCCUGACCUUCACUACUGAGUUGUUGUUUGAGAUUCUCCCUUGUUGGAACAUGAAGAUGAUGAUCAACGCCCUGGCAACCCUCGUGGAAUCCAAUGUCUUCGAUUGCUUCCGGAAUCGCAAGGAGCUCCAGAUGGCCCUAAAGCAGAACACGACUUCUUUUGAGGUGAAUUAUCGCUCCCUCUCUCUGAGGCCCACUGAAGGAAUGGCCCUUGGUGAGGAGGAGGAGCUUCGGGAGCUGGAGAGCGAGGUGAUUGAGUGCCACAUCAUUCGAUUCUGCAGGCCGAUGAUGCAGAAGACAGCCUACGAGCUGUGGCUGAAGGACCAGAAGAAAGCCAUGCACUUGAAAUGUGCCCGCUUUCUAGAGGAAAAUGCCCGCAGGUGUGACCACUGCCGUAGUGGGGACUUCGUCCCCUUUCACCACUUCACGGUGGACAUCCGGCUCAACACCUUGGACUUGGAUACCAUCAGGAAGAUGGCUAGGUUCCAUGGAUUUCAAACUGAAGAGGAGAUCACCUUUUCCAGAAUAGAGACUCUUAAGAAAUCUGAAGGAUUUUCUGGAAAUCCCAGUUUUGAAGAAGUAAGAGAAAAGAUCUUGACUUUCUUUGACAUCGUUAUAACAAGAAUGAGGACAUCUGAGGAAGACAUCACCCCUCUGGAAAACUGCCAGUGUGAAGAGAUCGUGGAGAUUGUCAUCAUUCCUCUGGCUCACCAUUUUCUGGCUUUGGGAGAAAACAACAAAGCCUUGUAUUACUUCCUAGAAAUCGCAUCUGCUUAUCUCAUCUUGGGUGAUAAUUACAUGGCUUACAUAUAUUUGAAUGAGGGAGAGAGGAUGCUGAAAACUCUCAAGAAGGAAAAAUCUUGGAGUAAGACUUUUGAGUCAGCUACCUUUUAUACCCUCAAAGGUCAGGUCUGUUUCAACAUGGGCCAGAUGGUGAUUGCCAAGAAGAUGCUAAGGAAGGCCCUGAAGCUCCUCAAUCGAAUCUUUCCUUACAAUUUAAUUUCCUUGUUUCUUCAGACACAUGUUGAGAAAAACAGACACUUUCAUUAUAUCAAUCAGAAUCAGCAGGCCCAAGAGAGCUCACCUCCAGGGAAGAAGAGGCUGGCGCAACUUUACCAGCAAACCACCUGCUUCUCCUUGCUGUGGCAGAUCUAUAGCUUAAAUUACUUUUUUCACUACAAGUAUUAUAGCCACUUGGCAGCAAUGAUGCAAGUGAACACUGCACUGGAAACUCAAGAUGACUUCCAGAUCAUUAAGGCCUACCUGGACUAUUCGCUGCACCACCAUCUGGCUGGCUACCAGGGCACAUGGUUCAAAUAUGAGAUCAUGGCCAUCGAGCACAUCUUCAACCUCCCCGAGAAACGCAAGAGCAUUGAAAUCGUGACCUACGUGGCCCAUGCGCUUAGCUACAUCAAGCUCCUAAUGGGUGACUUGGACUUGGCCAUUGACUUAGGCUCUCGAGCCCACAAGAUGUGGGCAUUGCUUCAGAAUCCUGACAAACACUGUCUGGUCCUCUGCUGGCUUAGUAAAUCCUUAUUCUUGAAAAACAGAUACAAGCAGCUGAUCCAGGUGCUGGGGUGGCUGUGGGAUCUUUCUGUAGCAGAAGAGCACAUUUUCAGCAAGGCCUUUUUCUAUUUCAUAUGCCUGGACAUCAUGCUUUAUUCUGGCUUUGUUUAUAGGACAUUUGAAGAAUGUUUGGAAUUCGUGUAUCAAAAUGAAGAUAACAGGAUCCUCAAGUUUCAGAGUGGAAUCCUCCUGGGACUUUACUCGUGUGUUGCUAUCUGGUAUGCCAGACUUCAGGAAUGGGACAACUUUCAGGUCUUUUCCAAUAAAGCCAAAAGUCUCGUGUCAAGAAGAACCCCCACAGCUCUUUACUGCGUCAGCAUCUGUAGGUACAUGGAAGGGCAAGUUCUCUACCUUCAAAAGAAAAUUGAAGAACAAUCUGAGAAUGCUCAGGACAUUGGAGUCGACAUACUCAAGAACUUGGAGAGUCUGAUGGCUCAAAACACCACCGGGCCUGUCUUCUACCCAAGGCUUUACCACCUGAUGGCCUAUGUCUGUAUACUGAUGGGGGAUGGGCAGAACUGCAACCUCUUCCUGAACACAGCCUUACAGCUCUGUGAAACACAGGGGAACGUGCUGGAGAAAUGCUGGCUGAACAUGAGCAAAGAAUGGUGGUACUCAAGCUCUGAGUUAACCGAAGACCAGUGGCUUCAAACAGUCUUGAAUCUCCCCUCAUGGGAAAAAGUUGUAUCAGGCAAGGUCAACAUGCAGGAUAUUCAAAAAAACAAAUUUCUGAUGCGAGUUAAUAUCCUAGACAAUCCUUUCUAACGUUUCGUGAAAGAGAGCAAAGAUUUUAGUAAGACUCCUUCUCUCAUGAUGAUUCAGUAUUAACCUGUCUCUGUAGCCAGCAUCCUCUGGGUCCCUACAUACUCCCUUCAGUUCCAGACACAGAACCAGACGUGGUUUCUCCUCUUUCCGGAGGGUCGGAAAGGGUCAGCAGUGUCCAUGCUCUACCUUCUCCCAGCUUUACACAAACUCCCUUUGCCUUUCAUGUUGUUCUCACUUAACCUGUUGAUUUCUGCCCAUGCAAAAUUGUAUCAGGUCAAAAAAUAUUAAUAUCAAAAUGGUACAUCGUACAACUGAUGCCCUUCUAGUUAAUCUAUUAAACUGAAAAAAUGGCUAUU